GACUGUUAUAUCAGAACUGAUCGAGGUCAUAGGCAAAGAUAAUGUAUCCCUCGCUUGGCAGGAAGAGGUCACCAAAGAAGAAACAGAUGUUGAACAUGCCCUUAAAGCACUUGGAGUACCUGUUGAAACAUUUUGGGGUUCUACAUUAUACCAUAAAGAUGAUAUACCAUUUAGAACAGCUAACAGUCUUCCUGAUGUGUAUUCACAAUUUCGUGCCAAAGUUGAGAAAAUUUCAAAGGUCCGGGCCCUACAAAACAUGCCUGGCAGACUCCUGCCCUUACCCUCUGGACUUGACCCACAGCAACUUCCCACAAUGUCUGACUUAGGGGUACCAGAAAUCGCACCUGAUGAAAGAUCUGCAUUUCCUUUCUCUGGCGGAGAGACCAGUGCCUUAGAUAGACUCAAUAAAUACCUCUGGGAGACUGACAGUGUGGCUGUUUACAAGGAAACACGCAAUGGAAUGGUCGGAUCAGACUAUUCAACUAAAUUUUCAAC